UCUCUCUCAUUUAUGUGUAUAUAUAUCUCAUCCGAGGCUGCAACAUGCAACAAUCUUUGGUAAUUACAAAUCAAAGUGAUAAAUGGAGUUCAUGUACGAUAGUCUUGUUUGGUGCAGUCUUUUCUUAUCACUAGCUUUGAUUCUCCUACUAAAUGGGAAAAAAUGGCGAAAUAUAAACAAGAACCUACCUCCAGGGCCUCCAGGGUGGCCAAUCUUUGGUAACAUGUUCGAUCUUGGAACCGCACCACAUCAAGCUCUUUACGAGCUUAAGUUUAAGUAUGGACCUGUGCUCCUGUUAAGACUCGGAUCCAUUGAUACAAUGGUCAUACAAUCGGCAAAGGCUGCAGCAGAGCUCUUCAAGAACCAUGAUGCCAGCUUUUGUGAUCGCAAGUCUCCUGAUGUAUUAUCGGCUCACAACUAUGAAGAGGCAUCACUUGCAGUUGGCCAUUAUGGCCCCUACUGGCGUAUGCUUCGCCGUCUUUGCUCCGUGGAAUUCAUGACCAACAAGCGACUCAAUGAGACAGCUUCCAUCCGCUUGAAAUGCAUCAGUCAAAUGUUACGGAGCAUUGAGGAUGAUGUUGCAGCUGCAAAAGCAAGAGGAGAAUCAGGCACAGUGAAUUUACCUCACUAUUUAUUCCUAAUGUCAUUCAACUUAAUAGGUAAUCUCAUGGUGUCACGAGAUCUUUUAGAUUCACAGUGCAAAGAAGGGCAUGAGUUUUUUGAAGCCAUGGACAAAGUAGCUACGUGGGUAGGGACGCCAAAUAUAGCAGAUUUUCUACCUUUCUUGAAAAGGUUAGAUCCCCAGGGACUCAAAAGGAGCAUGUUGCGAGAUAUGGGAAAAGCCAAGGAGAUUGUUGCAAGUUUCGUGGAACAAAGGAUUAAGGAUCAUAAAAUAGAGAAAGAAAAGACAAAGGACUUCCUUGAUACUUUGUUGGAAUAUGAAGGUGACGGGAAAGAAUGGCAUGAGAAGAUCCCAUAUGAAAAAGUCAUUUUAAUCGUAUUGGAAAUGUUUUUUGGUGGGUCAGAAACUACAAGUACAACAAUGGAAUGGUUUAUGGCAGAGCUACUUCGUAAUCCAAAAGCCAUGAGAAAAGUUAAAGAAGAACUCAAUGCAGUUGUUGGAGUAAACAGGAAGGUGGUUGAAGAGAGUGACAUAGAGAAGCUACCAUAUUUCCAGGCUGCAUUAAAAGAAACACUUAGAUUACAUCCUGCAAUUCCUUUGCUCCUUCCAAGAAAUACCUUACAAGAUACAAAUUUCAUGGGGUACCACAUAUCUAAGGACACCCAAGUUUUUAUAAAUGCAUGGGCAAUAGCAAGAGAUCCAGAAUCUUGGGAGGAUCCCUUAGCCUUCAAGCCUGAGAGAUUUUUGGGUUCUAAUAUUGACUACAAGGGCCAGAAUUUUGAGUUCAUUCCAUUUGGGUCAGGGAGGCGGAUAUGUGUGGGCAUAACAUUGGCUCAGCGGAUAAUUCCCCUUGGUUUAGCAUCGCUAAUUCAUAAUUUUGACUGGGAAUUUGAUAAGAAUGCUAGCCCCGACAUCUUAAAUAUGGAUGAAAGAAUUGGAGUAACAGUGAGAAAGCUUGUACCUUUAAAUUUAAUACCAAAAAAACGUAAAGAGAUGCAUGUCUAGAGAAAUGUAAGAACUACUUUUUUUUUUUUUAAUUGGCCGAGUAUCUGUCAUUAAUUAUAUGUAAGAGCUACUUCUAUUAUGUGUUUAAUUUAU